AUGUCCUCGUUUGAGUCCGAGGGCCAGUCUCCUCCUCGGUGUGGUCCACAGUUCCCUACUUUGGGACAGGAGCCUCCAGAGCUCAGCAUGUACAGUGACUGCUACUACCCUCCUCCAUCACUGCCCAGCCCUCAGCGCACCACCCCAACGUCCUAUGAGCUCAGUGACUACACCACCCCCUCUCCAAAUCCUUACCUCUGGUUCAACAACUCCACACCAUCUUACCUGAGCAGCACCGCAACGCCGGGGAACCCAGGGCCUCCCUUUGUCCCGCAGCACUAUGGAAUGCAGAGGCCAUACCUUGGCCCAGCCGGAGCUGGGGGUCCAGGAGGGGAGCUAAGCUGGUUCUCCCUGCCCUCACAAGAAGAUUUAAUGAAGUUAGUGAGACCACCGUACUCCUACUCUGCUCUCAUCGCUAUGGCAAUCCAUGGGGCGCCAGACAAAGGACUAACACUAAGUCAAAUUUAUCAGUAUGUGGCUGAUAAUUUCCCAUUUUACAACAAAAGCAAAGCAGGAUGGCAAAAUUCAAUAAGACACAACCUGUCGCUCAAUGACUGCUUCAAGAAAGUGCCAAGAGACGAAGAUGACCCAGAAUAUAGUACUCUAAGAGGAGAAAAGUCUGUAGAGGUGGGAGGAGGCAAUCUCCCACAAGGACCCCCCCAGGAGGACUCAAAUAUUCGCACUCAUGAGGCCUGGGGCUCUGGGGGGAUCUGA